AUGCUGCAUCAUUACAUGGGUGCCGAUUCGUACAAUCUACUGUGUGAUCAUGUGUCACCAGCUGAACCGGAAACGAAAACCUAUGCUGAGAUCGUUACAGUCUUGGGAGAGCACUACGGCCCACAACCGUUAGAGAUGGUUGAGCUUUUUAAAUUUAGUCAACGCACGGAACGGGAAGGUUUGCGGAAUCAGCUGGUGUUUGGCCUGAGAAGCCAGCGGAUUAGGGCACGCUUGAUCGAAGAGAGAGAUUUAACUUAUGAUAAGGCGAAGCAAAGUGCGUUAUCCAUGGAGGCCUCCGGUGAUGGGGCCGACGUGCUUAAUCGACGAAUGCAGGAUGUGAACCUGGUGGAUAAGGGGAAGUUUCCGAUAAGACAGGAGUCUACAACCGAUUUUGCUACUAAGAACGAUUUGUGUUUCCGUUGUGGAAGUGAGAGACAUUUGGCCAACAAGUGCGAGCACAGAGACAAAAUUUGCAGUUUAUGUAAAAAGAAAGGACACCUAAAGCGGGUGUGUCUCAGUUCUAAACCGAAUUAUAGCCAAAGUAAUGCGAACAAGUACAAGCCAAAGAAACAUUCGACGAACCUAGUGGAGGGUGGUGGUGCCUCACAGUCAGAUUGCUCGGACGAAGAUGAAAUUCAUCUGAUUGAUAUAUGCAAAUUAGAACACAAUUCGAAAGACUUAUCAAAAAUUAAUCUCAAGGUUAGGGUAGGAGGCUCACCAAUCAAAUUUGAGGUUGAUAGUGGAUCCCCAGUUUCGUUAAUAAGCAAUGCUGGCAGACUCAAGUUUUUGACAAAUUUACCAUUACGUCCAACUGAUAUUGAGUUACGAAGUUAUUGUGGGAAUAAAAUUAGAGUUUACGGUAUUGUUGAUGCGGAGGUUGCGUAUAACGGUCAGAGCAAUCAGUUAUGUUUGUUCGUGGUCGAUACCAAGCGACAUCCGUUGUUGGGUCGUGAAUGGAUGCGUGCGCUGCAGUUGGAUUGGAAUGACAUUAUGUGUUUCGAUUCCGUAGAUAGGAUUUCCUUGUGCAACCCGCUACCACAAGCUGUAAGGGGAUUAAUGGAGGAGUUCCCUGCAGUUUUUGAAGAGUCUAUCGCUCGUACCUUACCGUUCUCAAUUCGCGAUACUGUGGAACGGGAAAUCCUCAGCAUGGAGGAAAAUGGUAUACUGGUGAAAGUAAACCCUAGUGAGUGGGCCACUCCUGUCGUACCGGUGAUGAAGUCUGCAAACAAGGUUCGACUGUGUGGGGUUUUCAUGGCGAGAGGGAAGAAGUUCACCAAACUUGAUCUUGCUCAAGCAUAUCUACAGAUGCAAGUUCGUCCGGAGAAUCAAGCGUUGCUAACCCUGAAUACGCAUCUCGGACUAUAUCAACCGACAAGGUUGAUGUACGGAGUUGCCUCUGCACCUGCAAUCUUUCAGAGAGAAAUAUCCCAAAUUCUGCAAGGAAUUCCCGGAGUAUCUGUGUUUUGGAAGACAUUACGUGAGGUUUUGAAAAGAUUCCAAGAGCACAACAUGCGCGUCAAUCUGACCAAAUGCGAGUUCUUUGCUGAUAGCAUUCAAUAUUGUGGCUACGCUAUUGAUAGUCAAGGCAUACAUAAGAUGCUGCAGAAGGUAGAAGCUAUUCAGAAAAUGCCACGUCCUGAGAAUCGUGAACAGGCCCGAGCGUUCCUCGGUCUAGUGAAUUACUACGGUAGAUUCUGA